AUGCCUUUGAUAUCUCUUCGAAAUGCCGAGUUUGCCGCGUAUCUGGUCUCACUAGGUAUUGACAAGGAUACUGGCCUACAUCUCGGGGUCCCCAUCAGCGAACUAGCCAAACGGCACGAACGAUUAAGGCAAACAAUCAAGCUCUUGGGAUUAGGUCAGAGGGAGCCGCAGCAGCAACAUGGUGAGACCAACGAAAAAUCCAACUCAUGGCGUCUGGACAACAGAUAUCAUCUACGUGUUGUCGAGCAGCUUGAUGCUCCGCCAGAGGACGAGGUGAAUAAGAAAACCGGUGCCGAAGCUGACGAAGAAGAACAUGAAGGUGUGGAAGAGCAUGCAACAGAAAUGCCUCAAAACCCUGAGAACACGCCAAUUGACGAAGCUCAGCAAAUGCAGGACCAGGAAGAACGCGUGGUGCAGCAGCAGCAGCUAGCUCCACAAGGACAUAGCAAUGCCAGAAGAGAUCGAUCGCUCGCCAGAUUUUUACCGUUCAAAGCCAAACGAAAGAAAUUCAUCAAGACUCCCCCACUUGAACAGGAAAACGAACUACCACCGCCACCGCCACCAACGAAACCUCACAGAAAGGUCUCAAUCUCGCUGCCGACGGAGUAUCUGCAGUACGACGAGCCCGACUCUGACUCUGUAUUUGGAGAAUCGCUUUUGCGCGAUAUUGAUAGACCGAGCAUUGGCAGGCGGGCAGUUUCAGACAUAACCAAUGCUUCGACAACAGUUUUCCGGCCUUUGAAAGCGAUAUUGAAACGGGAGCUUAUAGAGAACCCAAAGCCCUCAUCCAGGUCGCUGCGCCCAACGUCAGAAAUAUCUCCCAAUUCGGCGCCAGGUAAAAAAACCACGCUUCCUGGGUCGCAUCUUUUUUCCACCAUCAUCAACGACAUAUCGCUUAACGCUGCACUUCAGGCUAAUGGUCUGGCCCCUAAGCGUAGGAUUCCGCGCGAAGUGAAACCGGAUUUCACGAAUUUGAACGAUUACUCGUCGAUAAUGAACAACGAGAAUAAAGCUCAGAAACUAAACAGACAAGAGCGGCCGAUGUCUUUGGAUUCAUGUUUGAAUCAGACAAUCAUAAUAGAGGCAAAGCCGGAACUGAUUGAGGAGUCGUCUCCCCUAGCCUUGGUUUUGGAAAGUUCUGAGAACCAUCCAUAUUCGACUUUAGGGUACGGGAUGGAUAUUAUUACCAACUACCAGUAUGCAGACGAUACGCUUUCGAGACAGGACGAAAACCAGCUCCGCCAGAAGACGGUGCUAGAUAAGGUGGACGUGGUGAAACUGAACGAUCCCGCAAUUUUCUUACCGCACCUAGAACAUUUGGAGUAA